CUCCAUCCCUGGUGAUGUGUCUUCUGUCUGUUUAAGUUGAUUCCUACUUUUCAUGUCGCUCCCAGCUCAAACCCAGUACCCUGGCCUGCCGCUGGAGGACCAAAUAACUCCGACUUCGCUGCAGUUUGCCACGAAGAAGACGACGACGCAUAAACUUCCGGGUUUCAAAAUCCAGAUGACAACAACCGGUAGCAACGAACCAACAGCACCGCUGAACGAAUACUUUUGAGACUGUGGUGUUAUUGGGAUGGGAUCUCCAACAAAAGAUGCAACACCACACAGAACCAACCUUCGUACGCCUGGUCGAGAACCUGACUCCCCACUUCCCCCGAUCCACGAGCGGCUGGCUUACCUGCGUCCCUCCAGGGAGCUGUUGGAGUUUUACAGACAGAAAAUCGCCCAGUUUGACGGAGAGCACGAGGAGCUGCUGCAGAUGCUGGAGAAGUACAAAGGCAUCACAGAGGACCAGCAUAAACUACAGUGGGAAGUACGACAGCGGGAGGGCGAGAUUGCCGAGCUGCAGAACGCUCUGAGUGACAUGCAGGUCUACCUUUUUCAAGAGAGAGAGCAGUCUCUCCGGCUUUAUGCGGAAAAUGACAGACUAAAGAUCAGAGAGUUGGAGGACAGGAAGAAAAUCCAGCACCUUCUUGCUCUGGUGGGUCCUGAUUCCGGGGAGAUCACAUAUUUUCACCGGGAGCCUCCUCACAAGGUAACCAUCACACAGAGGGAGUCCAGCUUGGAGGAACAUCUCAAUCUCAGGCCAACAAAGUUAAGACCUGCUGCGACCAGGAAAGAGAGUGGCAGGAGAUUAAAAUCAGCAGAAGGGACUAAUGGAGAGAGCUUGGAACAAUACAAGAACGAUAACCAGACAUUGUUACUACAGGUGGAGGCCCUGCAGGCUCAGAUGGAGGAGCAGACCCGUCUGGUUAGAGAGCAGGUAGAGUCUCUGAUGGAGGAUAGGCAGAUUAAAACAGAGGAGGCACAGGCACAACAGCAGAAAGAUCAGGAGCGGAUAUCAGCUUUGACUGACAAGCUCCAGCGUACCCAGAACCUGUUAUAUGAGAGCACCAGGGAUUUUUUACAGCUAAAGUUUGACGCCCGGGCUCAUGAGAAGAGCUGGAUGUCAGAGAAGGACCGGCUGCUCAGGGAGUUGGACUCCAGCCACAACCGCCUGAGGAAGACCCCGUCUGCCGGCGCAGAGCUGGGCCCAAAGUGGCAGCCCAGUAGCAGCACCGCCCUGCUCCCCCCUCUGCCUCAGCCUGAGUUGAAGCAGUCGCUCAAGGAGGAGCUGAAAGCAAUGCAGGAGGAUGUGAAGCAGGCCCACCGUCUGGCAGAGAUGUACAGAGGGCAGUGCAUUACACUGGAGACAGAGCUGUCCCAGAUCAGAGAGGAAGGGGAUGUGGGCAGGGAAAUAUUUAAGGAGCGUUCAGACAAAAUGGCCAAGCGUCUGCAGCUGAUGACUCAGCGUUAUGAAGCGCUGGAGAAGAGAAGGGCCAUGGAGGUGGAGGGCUUCAAGACGGACCUGAAGCACCUCAGACAGAAGUUCAAAGAUGUCGAAAAACAACUCCUCAAGGUUACUCUGAAUGUUGGGCCCAACCAGGACUUAGCCAUUCUGCAUGAGGUACGUCAGACCAGCGGCAGGACGAAGAAGGUUCAGGGUGAGCUGAUGGCGCUGAAAGCUAAGAUCUACGGACUGGAAAACGAGCUGAGAUUCAGCUGAGGACUGGACUGUGGUGUCUACUGUCUGCCUGUAGAGGAUAAUCAAUGUGAAGUUUAUCUAAGUCAUGUUUGUUUGUGCUACUGGGUUUAUAGCUUACACUUAGAAUUAAUGUUAUUUGUAUUUUGUAACCUGGACUAAUAAAGAUGUUUUGCUACAA